AUGGAGGAGGGAAACCCACAACAGGUCUCAGCUCCACCAUACCCUGGACAACCCAUGAACUACGGGGUCACUCAUGUGGACGUGACACCUGCACUGCAGGACACCCCAGGACAAAUGCUGUGUCCCAAUUGCUACCAGACUGUGGUCACCACCACGAAGCACAAAGCAGGCCACCUGACGUGGGCCGUCUGCUGCGGCCUCACCAUCUUUGGCUGCAUCCCGUUCUGCAUUGAUUCCUGCAAAGAUGUGGAGCAUCGCUGUCCAUCCUGCCACAGAGUCAUCAAUUUAUACAAGUGAAUGUGAAAUUAUCCUGACUUUGAAUAAGAGAAGGACUCAGAACCUACUCAUGCAGUGGCUUAUUAGUGGUUUGAC